AAAUUCAUUUUCAAAAUAAUUCACAAGUAAAAGGGAAUAGAGUGAGUAUAUGGUUCUGUUCACCCAUAUAUAUAUUUGACGAGUCAUUUCUGAAGUAGUAGUAGAAAAGAAGAAAAGGAAAAAAAGUUCUGCUCAUCUACUUAGUUUUAUUACCCCCAAAAAAAAAAUGCAUGCCAGGAUCAACACUGCCUACUUGGUGAAUCUCUUACAAACCUCCAUUGACACCAAAGCUUACAGUGCAGGCAAACUUCUUCAUGCCCAUAUACUACGAAUUGGCCUUUCUGCUGAUACAUUCCUCCUAAACCGUCUCAUAGAAUUGUAUUCCAAAUCUGGCCAUAUUCACACCGCACGACACCUGUUCGAUCAAAUGCUUGAACCAAAUAUAUAUUCUUGGCACUCCCUCUUGACUGCUUAUUGUAAGCAAGGUCAGCUUGACAAUGCCCAUGAGCUAUUUUCGAAUAUGCCUGAAAGAAACACUGUAUCAUGGAACACUCUCAUCAGUGCAUUUGCUCGAAACCAUCAUGAAACAAAGGCCUUGAAGGUUUAUUCUCAAAUGAACGCACAUGGUUUCUCGCCGACCCAUAUCACAUUCGCCAGCGUUUUAAGCGCCUGUGGCGGGUUAGCUGAAUUGGAGUACGGCAGGGUGUCUCAUGCUUCUGCUGUCAAGUAUGGGCUUCACAAGAAUGUGUAUGUUGGGAAUGCUUUGUUGAGCUUGUAUGUAAAAUGUAGCUGCCCUAGGGAUGCAUUGAUAGCCUUUAGGGAGUUGGAUGAGCCUAAUGAGGUUUCCUUCACGGCAAUGAUGUGUGGAUUGGUAGAUAAUCACCAAGUGGAAGAGGCAUUUGAAAUGUUUAGGUUAAUCCAGAGGAGUGGAAUUAGGAUUGACUCUGUUUCAUUGUCUAGUGUACUGAGAGGUUGUGCUAAACGCAGGGGUUUGAAUUUUGGUUGGAACGGUGAGACUGAUUGUGAUCUACCUAAUACACAUGGGAAGCAAGUCCAUUGUUUCACCAUUAAACUUGGAUUUCAAGGAGACCUUCACGUGUGUAACUCCUUGCUUGACAUGUAUGCAAAAAAUGGUGACAUGGAAAGUGCUGUAGUAUUGUUUGGAAACCUUUCUGAAACUAGUACUGUUUCUUGGAAUGUUAUGAUAAGUGGGUUUGGACAGAAUCAUGAUAAAGAAAGAGCGAUGGAGUACAUGGAAAGGAUGCGGGGUAUGGGUGUUGAACCAGAUGACGUUACUUACAUAAAUAUGCUCGCGGCUUAUGUUAAAUCAGGGGAUGUUGAAAAUGGCCGCUUGAUAUUUGAGAGCAUGGCUUGCCCUAGCUUGAUUUCAUGGAAUGCUAUUCUUUCAGGCUAUUCACAGAAUGAGGAGCAUCUCAAGGCACUAGAGCUUUUCAGAGAAAUGCAAUUUCAAAAUCUGCGACCUGAUCGGACCACUUUGGCUAUCAUACUUAGUUCAUGUUCUGAGAUAGGGUUUCUAGAAAAUGGGGUGCAGGUCCAUGCUACUUCAUUAAAGUGUGUGUUUCCUGGAGACAUAUAUAUAGCUAGUGGUCUUAUUGGUAUGUACCUAAAAUGUGGUAGAGUAGAAGCGGCUGUACGUAUUUUUGAUGGGCUCACUCAAGCAGAUAUAGUGUGUUGGAAUUCUCUUAUUACUGGUUUAUCCUAUAAUUCAUUGGAUAAAGAAGCUUUUACUUUCUUUAAGCGAAUGCUACAGAUGGGGAUGUUACCUAAUGAGUUCUCAUUUGCUACUACACUGAGUUGUUGUACAAAGCUAUCCUCAUUAUCGCAAGGGAGACAACUUCAUGGGCUGAUAAUUAAAGAUGGGUAUGGUAAUGAUGUUGUAGUUGGAAGUACUCUGAUUGACAUGUAUUCCAAAUGUGGCGAUGUAGAUGAGGCCAGGGUACAUUUUGACAUGAUGCCCUAUAAGAAUACAAUUACAUGGAACGAAAUGAUACAUGGCUAUGCACAAAAUGGUUGUGGAGAUGAAGCUAUUUUCUUGUAUGAAGACAUGAUUUGUUCAGGAGGAAAACCUGAUGUUAUAACUUUUAUUGCCGCUCUAACUGCUUGUAGUCACUCUGGGCUUGUCAACCUGGGGCUUAAGAUAUUCAAUUCAAUGCAGCAACAAUAUGGGUUGAUGCCACUUGCUGAUCAUUACACUUGCAUGAUUGAUUGUUUGGGUCGCGCUGCCCGGUUUAGUGAAAUAGAAGAACUCAUUGAUAAGAUGUCAUGCAAAGAUGACUCUGUUGUCUGGGAGGUUUUGCUUAGUUCUUGUAGGCUCCACGGAAAUGUAACUUUAGCAAGGCGGGCAGCAGAGGAGCUAAUCCGUCUUAAUCCUCAGAAUUCCGCCCCUUAUGUACUUCUAGCAAAUAUGUAUACAUCGUUAGGGAGAUGGGAUGAUACAGAGGAAAUUAGAGCUGCUAUGUUGGAAAGGCAGGAUACAAAACUAUGGCUUACUGGAACUAAGAGGCUCCAAGUCAUUGUCAACUAAUAUGUAGCUUCCAUAUCCGAUGGUUGUCACACGGAGAAUGCACAAAGAAAUUUGCUGUUACAUUGCCAC